AUGUCCCUGUCUUCCGUUACUGCGAUACAUAGCAGAAGAUCAUCCAUUGACGACCCACAAACCGAAUUGAUAUCGACGCUUCGAGGACAAAUACAGGAUUUAUUUACUCAAGUGACUCAAUUAAACUCGAAACUUGUCCAAUCCUACGACCGUGUUUCCGACUUGGAAGAUGACCUACACCAUCUUUCCGCGUUAAACACCGGAACGCUCGUCGAGCGAAGCAAUGUUGUCGAAGAGUUAACGCGGUUGAUGGAAAGGGCUACACAGGAGGCGGCACAGCGCUCUUCUGCGGAAUCAGCCAAAAGGAAUAUCGAGACAGAAUUAGAGGAAUUGGCAAAAGAUUUAUUCGAAGGAGCAAAUGGUAUGGUCGCGGAGGCGAGGUAUGAAAGAUUUCUGAGUCAGCAGAGAGCAGAGGAGAGUGAACGACGGGCAAGAGAUGUUGAGGAAAGACUUGUUGCUAUGCAGCAAGAAAUGCGCCAACUCGACAAGGGUAAAUGGGUGCCAAGAGCAGGAGAUCUGGUCAAGGAAAGAAAGUUGAUGUCCUCGCACGUUCCCUAUCAGGAAUUUCUAGGAUUUGUUGGUCAUUUACGUGGAUUACAUGGACAGCAAGGACAAGCAGUUCCCGCUAUGACUACGCUGUUGAGCUUACCCUUUCUGGCAAGGAUUGCUACAGAGGACAGGUGA